AUGGCGGGUCAUUCCCUUCUUGAUCGGUUACAUCCCCUCAUCGUUCAGAAUAAGGGAGCACGUCACGAGGCCGAGAUUUUCGAUGCAUUGAUCGAGCACCCUCGUGCCGUCCGUUCGUUCGAAUUUGCCCCGGUUGAUGGCGCUAUUGACUGCGGCACACAAAACUCGCCUCUGGGCGGCACAUACAGUGAGCGAUUCUGGGAGCUGGAUCAAUUGUACAACGAGCUUCACAACGAGCUUGACACCGCUAGUGGAGACGAAUGCAUGGCACUCACACUCUUUGACGCAAAAGGCAAAGAAUCUGGCAGCGCUCAAAAUCAGAUCUACGUUACUGCUCUUAAGCAACGGAAUCUGGUCCAGUUCUACAUCUGCAUGUGCGCAGCGAACCCCGGAUUUGUCGAACUCUACCCAAACUACUAUGCUGGAAGUCUGACUGCUGGGGACGAUCCAGGCCGUUAUGUCGCAGUCAACCUGUCACGCAAGUCUAUCGUUGGUCCCGAGUCCUAUCGAUUCCUCAGUCCCUGCAAUGCUCCCUAUCGCAUGCCCAUAGCCCUUCUCACCGAGGCCAUUUCCCGCAUUCGGGCAUGUGUUAUGGACCCGGAAAGUGUUUACGCAAACCCGUAUACGAACACUCGUUUUCCGCAGUGGCGACCAAGUACUGUUACUACCAACAAGUACUUGAUGCCCGAAGAGAGUACCCAGCACGCAACAGGAUUCAUCGGCCUCGUCGAUAUUUGGAGGGGCAUACGCGUAGCUAAGACUACUAGCCACAUCGACAUGGACUUUGACUUUGUCAACCUGCAACCAAGACUAGCAGACUUUAAAUUGCUUCUCCCAUCCUGCCCUCCUACGCCAACUCGCAGGCAGGUCUUUGUACAGUACAAGAUCGACGCAGUGCAAAGAGCACGCCACAACACGAAAAUUGCGAUAGGUCGGACUGGAAACAUCGGUACACAUUGGUACUUUACCGAUACCGAACGGUUUGACUUCCUGUGGUACGAGUUCCGCUACACUGAGUCGAGCACCAAAGUUCUGAGCAAGGAAUUCUACUUCAUUCCUGAAUGUGAGCUUUCUGAUACGCUGUAUACCUCGCUGGAAUUACACGUUACUCUCGAUAAAGACAGGUUUCGCCACUUUCACUCGAGCAUGGACGUGCAGGGCGACUGGAGGCCAUCGCGACCCCAAGUUCUAGAAGACUACAGCCAAACCCCCACACCAGAUCGGAAGGUCAAUAGCGUACGACCGCGUGACAGCAAAUGGUUUUCUCGUAAAUUCUUCCAUGGUGUCAUGACGCAAUGUGCGUUACGGAGAAAGGGUCUCCUGGUAGUGUUGUCCCCACAGUUUCCCAUGCCCAACUUCGCUUUCUGUCGCUACCAAUGGACGCAAGACGAUGCGGAGACAUACCUCAGAACCAAGAUACCGCCCCUGUCACUCAGCGACCUUGGCCCGUCUACGCCCGUUGUACUUACCUACGCCAUUACAAAAUAUAAAGCUGGGUCAUCUCGUGGCCCUAUCCUCACUCCGUUCGAGUUUAAACGGCUAGAUGCGUGGACUGAAUGUCAAGUCUUGUUCUUCGACAUGUUCGGAAGAGAUGGCAAGGACAUUCUUGGCCCACUUAUAGCGAUACCUUCCGACGACGUCAGCAUAUCAGAGGAACAUCGUCAGAAGUACAAGGUUGACCUCGGAAAGAGUACGAGAACGGAUUACUUGAGCCGGAGUCCUUUGCUUGCGCAGCAACUUCACACUCGGUACACUUUAGCAGACUACACCCUCUCCACUCUUGGUCCGAUGAUCUUUGAAGAGACAGCGCCUCAAUCUCAAUGGUCUGAUGUGUGGGAGCUUCUGGAUGCAUGUUCAGGUGUCGCGAGCUUUGCAUUUCCCCCUGGUGCGAUACGAGAGCCACACAAGUUUCGUGUGACUAUCCAAGACCUACAUCAGCGCCUGGCCGACUACCACGCUAGCGUAGAAGGCCGGCAACUUUUGGCGGCACACCCGAUCGAUGGCUCGCAAGUUGGAGACGAGGAGGAUGAGGUGUAA